AUGUGGCUUGUUAGGCUUGCUGCCAAGUUCCAUCUCCCCAUGGGGCUUUCUCGUUUCGCCGCCAGGUUCAGCCCUCGAAAGUCUGCCACCGAACCACCGGCAAGAUCUCAACAAACUUUUGCCACACAGCAAAAUCACGCUGCCGAACAUCAAAAUUCGGAUAAAGGCAAACAACUACCACCGAUCGAUGCCGAACAAGCCCCUGUCAUCCAAAAGGUCUAUGGCGCUGUAACCAACACGGGUAAAAGGGAGCAACCAUCUCCGACUAGACCCGGACGAUCCAUGUCCCCUAGCGAGAUCCUUAUGCUACCGAACGUGGAUAAAGGCAAGCCAUCAUCAUCAACCAACCCUGGACAAGCCCGCAUCCUCCAGUCAAGUCCCAACACAGUCGAGGAUGUGGAUAAAGGAAAGGAGCCGUCUUUAAUCGACCACCAACCAAAUGCCCGCGCUGCCGAAACUAUGAAUAAAGGCAAGCAACCAUCGCCGGUCGAUCUCGAAAAGGCCUUUCCUGCCCAGCAAAGCUCCACAGCCGCCGAAGCCAUGGACACACAAACUACCGAAGUUAUGAAGCCCCAAAUCCCCAAACCCAUCGACAAAGGCAAGCAACGCAUGUCGGGCUCGCUAUACUCGCCACUUUCCAAGAACCCGCACGAGAUCCGCGUCCUGGAGAUCAUCGAUACCACGGGAGAAAAGCUGGAAUGCCAGAUGCAUACCGUCGUGCUCGGUGCAAACUUAAAGUUCUCCGCCUUGUCUUACGUCUGGGGCGACCGCAACGACCCCCACAACCAGGUUGUCAUCAUCGUCAACGGCAGGGACAAAGUGGUCACAAGGUCGCUUGAAUCUGCACUCCGGCACGCUGGCAACGCCUGGAAGCGCGAGUUCCCGAGAAGGCCGCUAUCCUCAUUCAGGCUCUGGGCAGAUGCCCUCUGCAUUAACCAGGACGACAUCCCUGAAAGGAACCACCAGGUCGGGCUCAUGGCGAGCAUCUAUUCCCAAGCCGACAUGGUAUUGGCGUGGCUUGGACUUGAUCCGAAUGGUGUCAUUCACUUGGCGUUUGAAUCAUUGCGCAAGGUUUGGAAUGCCGUCCACGGACGGGAGCUGCCCGGAACUACUGAAGAGGCUUUCAACCUGCUGCGAGAUCGGAAUGCCGUCCGCGGACGGGGGCUGCCUGGAACUACUGAAGAGGCUUUCAACCUGCUGCGAGAUCAGACUGCACUCUACGGGAAUCCUGGACCCGGCGAUGAGAGAGAUCCGAUCGCGACAGCUAGGUGGGAAGCCGUUUCCCACUUUCACGACCUCCCCAACUGGAAGCGCGUCUGGAUAUGCCAAGAAUUUGUUUUGGCAAGGCGGUUGGUCAUGUACACACCAUCAGUCUCUGGGGACAUCGAGGCUAUCGGAUAUGCCGACGGUGUUUUAUUAUUCGCCUUUAGCCACUUUCUCUGGGGGACUAUUAUGGACACGGAUAUACCCAUCAUCGUCCGCGCCUUACCGCCAUCAUUUAGCCGAAGCGCGGACUUCUUGGAUCUUUUUAUGACGCGCCAACUUCACAAACUGCGGUCAUACACCGAAGUCCUCUCAAAAAUUGGGUUCGAGCUUGACGCGACUGACCGCCACGACCACGUCUUUGGCAUGCUGAGCUUGUCUAAUUUGGAUAUGCAACAUGAUAUCUCUGAAGGCAUGUAUGCCAUCAUUGCCAUCGACGUGCUCAUUAUGGUCGUCGGAUAUGAUGACGACGACACGAUCCACCUUGAUGCUCUUAAUUUGAGAGGGCGGCUCGCAUCUCUCGGACUAGAUCUAGGCCCGGAAAGCUUCAUGGAGUCAUUCUGCAAGAUGUUUGGUGUUUCUAUCUCCGAUCCGAGAUCCAGCCUCGCGAGGAGAUACGUGAACAACUGCUGGGGUGAUGGGAAGGCAACAUGGAACUCGAUAAACGGCCAUGACAGCAAAGCCGUUAGUCCGUCUCUACAGAAUUGGGAGUUUUACAAACCCGCUGAGAUGGAGGGUGCCAUAUGUUUUACGGAGGCACUCUCAGGAGGAGUGGCAGCUGGUUGGGCCAUGCGGAAUUGCAGAGAUUCGGGAAGGAAUAUUUGUGGACGAAAUGGAACUUCCAGCGGGGACCAAGAUUGAAACCUUUCAGGUGGUGUGACGGAUGGUUGGGAAUAUACUUUUGUUACGACCGUACCAUAGCGCUGGAGGGCAGGAGGACUACUACACGUCCCAUAACCACAUUGCCAAAUGGAUCCUUUUGC